AUGGAAGGCCAGCCAGCCACAGAAGCACCAUUGGGACCCAAGGCCCUGACUUUCCACAUCCCUUGCACUCAGGAGACUGAAGGAGAUCACUGCUACCAGAGGCCAAUUCUACCUACCCAAAACCACUGGGUUGCCUUGUUGUCACCAUGGCAGCAGCAGCAUCUCCUGAAGCAGACCCAUCUUUAUAUCCGAACGUUCUGUGCUGGGUUGUGUGGGUUCACUUUCAUCCUGCUCCUUUGCAUGUCCCCGAUGUCCUGGGUGCAGUUUCUCUUGGCAGACAAUGGCCUUGAGCUCUAUGCGGGACUCUGGACCCUGUGUGGACAUGAACUCUGCUGGAGCCACGUACCCAGUGCACCCUACUACCUUCAGAUCUCCAGGAUCUUCUUUCUCCUCUCUGUCUUCACUGCUUUCAUUAUCCUUGCCUGGGUCAUCAGGUCCUGCCGGGACAGGAAAGAGCCUAGUACUCACUUGGACCAGGGGGUAGCCAUUCUCUCUUUGACUUCAGGAGCCAGCUUGCUCAUCUGCCUUGUGCUUUUUCUGAUGCAAGUCAAAAAGUACACUAGCUACAACAUGGAAUCAUCUUACUUGUGGAUUUUCUACUUCAACUGGUGGGGUAGCUUCUUUUAUGUAGUGGUUGGGCUUGUCUCCUUCUUCAACUACAAAACCUUUGGGAUUUUGCCCUCUGAUCCAGAUGUCACUGAAAUUCUCCUAACAAGGAGAAGAUUAGGGAUUAAUCCAAAGAUGUGGUCAACACCAGAAACAGAAGAGGCAAAAUCAGAGAUGGUUGUGGAUCCAGUAGUGGAAAUAGAGUCCAUAGUACCCUCUUUGGGGAAAAAAGAUGGCUCCAAGGUCAACAAAAACAAAUAG